CUAACUUGCACACUCACUGUCCGAGUCACAGCAUCUUCGGGGUCACUGUGUGCCAGGCGCAUCAACUCUUUUCAAUAAAAAUGGAUGGAAAAGCAGAUGUGAAGUCCCUCAUGGCGAAAUUUAACACAGGGGGCAACCCGACAGAGGAGGUCUCAGUCAAUAGCCGACCCUUCAAAGUCACAGGGCAAAACUCACCAUCAGGAGUACAAGCAAAAAAGAACUUAUUCAACAACCAAGGAAAUGCCAGCCCUCCUGCAGGACCCAGCAACGUUGCUAAGUUUGGGUCUCCAAAGCCACCUUUGGCGGCGAAACCUUCUCCUGAGGAAAAGCCUGACAAGGAGCCCAAACCCCCAUUUCUAAAGCCUACUGGAGUGGGCCAAAGAUUUGGAACACCGGCGAACUUGGCCACCAGAGACCCUGAGGUAAAAGUGGGAUUUCUGAAACCUGUAGGCCCCAAGCCCGUCAACUUGCCCAAAGAAGAUUCCAAACCUGUGUUUCCCUGGCCUCCUGGAAAUAAACCAUCACUUCACGGUGUAAACCAAGACCAUGACUUAAAGACACCAGGCCAGAAACCCGGGCCUACACCUCCAGCCCCCGAAAAUGAACCGAAGCAAGCAUUCCCAAACUUGGCUGGGGUUAAAGGCAAGUUUAUGUCAGCCUCACAAGAUCUUGACCCCAAACCCCUCUUCCCCAAGCCUGCCUUUGGCCAGAAGCCAUCUCUGAGUACUGAGGACUCCCAUGAAGAUGAGAGCCCCACUAAGAAUGUGUCUCUACAGAAAGGUGCCCCAGCUCCUCUGGGACUCAGGUCCAAAGGUGUCCCUUUAAAACCAGCAAGGGGACACCCAGAAAAUAAAAACCACGCAGGUGAUACGUCAAGUUCACCUUUUCCUGGAGUGGUUCUGAAACCCGCUGCAAGCAGAGGAGGCCCAGGCCUCUCCAAAAAUGGUGAGGAGAAAAAGGAAGAUAGGACGAUAGAUGCUGCUAAGAACAUCUUCCUGAGCAAAAUGAAUCAGGAAGAGUCGGCCUCCGGGGCUCCUCCCGCCAAGUUCCCUAAGGCCCCUUCAAAGCUAACAGUGGGAGGGCCAUGGAGCCAAACUCAAGAGAAGGAAAAGGGAGACAAAAAUUCAGCCACCCCAAAGCAGAAGGCUUUGCCUCCCUUGUCUACUUUGGAUCUGCCUCCGCAAAAGCCCAACAGACCACCAAAUGUUGACCUGUCGAAAUUCCGAAAAACCGCUUCUGGUAACAGUACCAGCAAAAGCCACACAUCUUACUCAACAGCUUCCCUGCCACCACCUCCACCAUCCCAUCCGGCCAGCCAACCAUUAUUGCCAGCAUCUCACCCAACACAACCUGCAGCCCCAAGCCUACCUCCCAGGAACAUUAAACCUCCACUUGACCUAAAAAGCCCUGCAAAUGAAGAACACCAAGAUGGUGUCAUCCAUGCUGAUGGUACAGGACAUCUAGAUGAGGAACAAGAGAGUGAUGGAGAAACAUAUGAAGACAUAGAAGCAUCCAAAGAACGAGAGAAGAAAAGGGAAAAGGAGGAAAAGAAGAGAUUAGAGCUGGAGAAAAAGGAACAGAAAGAGAAAGAAAAGAAAGAACAAGAAAUAAAGAAGAAAUUUAAACUAACAGGCCCUAUUCAAGUCAUCCAUCAAGCAAAAGCUUGCUGUGAUGUCAAAGGAGGAAAGAAUGAACUGAGCUUUAAGCAAGGCGAACAAAUUGAAAUAAUCCGCAUCACAGACAACCCUGAAGGAAAAUGGUUGGGCAGAACAGCAAGGGGGUCAUAUGGCUAUAUUAAAACAACUGCUGUAGAAAUUGACUACGAUUCUUUGAAACGGAAAAAAACCUCACUUGCUGUUCUUUCAAGACCUAUUGAGGAUGACCAAGAAGUAUAUGAUGAUGUUGCAGAGCAGGAUGAUAUUAGCAGCCACAGUCAGAGUGGAAGUGGAGGGAUGUUCCCACCACCACCAGAUGAUGACAUUUAUGAUGGGAUUGAAGAGGAAGAUGCUGAUGAUGGCUCCACACUACAGGUUGAAGAGAAGAGUAACACGUGGUCCUGGGGGAUUUUGAAGAUGUUAAAGGGGAAAGAUGACAAAAAGAAAAGUAUACGAGGGAAACCUAAAGUCUCUGAGUCAGACAGUAACGAAGGUUCAUCUUUCCCUUCUCCCCCUAAACAAUUGGACAUGGGAGACGAAGUUUACGAUGAUGUGGAUACCUCUGAUUUCCCUGCUCCGCCAGCAGAGAUGAGUCAAGGAAUCAAUAUUGGAAAGUCUAAGACGGAAGAAAAAGACCCUAAGAAGCUAAAAAAGCAAGAAAAAGAAGAAAAAGACUUCAGGAAAAAAUUUAAAUAUGAUGGUGAAAUUAGAGUCCUCUAUUCAACCAAAGUUGCAGCCUCCUUAACUUCUAAAAAGUGGGGGACCAGAGAUCUACAGAUAAAACCUGGUGAAUCUCUUGAAGUUAUACAAAACACAGAUGAUACAAAGGUUCUCUGCAGAAACGAAGAAGGAAAAUACGGUUACGUCCUUCGGAGUUAUCUGGUAAAUAAUGAUGGAGAUGAUGGAGAGAUCUAUGAUGAUAUUGCUGAUGGUUGCAUCUAUGACAAUGACUAACACUCAGCUUUGGUCAUUCUGCUGUAUUCCUUAGGUGCCAAUGUGAAGUCUGGGUUUUAAUUGGCAUUUUAUUGGAUAUCAUAGAAAAUGAACGCACAAAACUAUUACCAUUAGUUAUGAAAUUCUGAUUAUCUUUGUAAAGUUUUGAAAUUUCAAACAUAGAAAAUAAUCUCUCUGCUUAAUCGGCAUCUCAGAAGAUACAUUAGCAAGAUACAAGAAUUAUUAAAUAUCCCAUUUCUGCUUUAGCUAUAAUUGUGAAUGUAUCUCUUUUAGAUCAUCAAUAGACAAUCCCCCCACUCAUUAAAAAAAAAAAGAAAAGAAAAAGAAAAAUUAUUCAAGCAGAAAUGAUUAUCCUGUCUGAAAAAAACAUAAGGAGGAAAAACAUAAGGAAGAGAAUUUUAAAACAUUCCCCAAAAAGGAAAACUAUUGUUUACACCUCUAAUUAUGAUUAUAUCUUAUAUUCUCUAUGCAAAUUAUCUAUCUUAUAAAAGGUAGUGCUGUCUUAUCUCCUGCUGGUGAGCUAAAUGUUUUCACAAAUUACAGUAGUAGCAGAACUUUUGUAUAAAGUUUGUCCAAAUUUGUUAAUUGUAUAUAUAUGUUAAUUAUUUGAUAAGAAUGUUAUGCAUUUAAUAUGGACAUCUAAGAGUAAACCGUAGAAAAGUCUAAAAUACCUUUUUGCUUGCAGAUUCAUUUGCUAACAGUUUAAUUCUGUACUGUUUGAAGUACUACAAUAUUAGCUAGAGUAGUUCUGAAUGAGGAUAACCCUAACAGUAAGAAGAAUGAAAGAAUGAACCUGAAACUAAAUUGAAUUUUAUGGCACCUCUUCCUUACAAUGAAGAUGCUUUUAAAAUUUUUGUUUUUGUGUUCAAUUACCUCUACAGAACUUUUUUUUUUUUAACCACUUUACUGGAAAGUUGGCCAGCAGAGGGAGUACAAAGUAAUAAACCCUAGUGUUUGGACUGGGCUGUUCCCUAUUGAUACUCAUUUCCAAAGCAACCCCAAAACAAAAUGUGAAGCAUUUGAGUUUCCAAUGCUAAGAACACUAAACACUAUGAUAAAAAAUGGAAAACACCCUAGAAAAUAACAUAUUAAAUAAGUUUUUCACAACUUCUAAAAUACAAAAUAAGCAAAUCCUAAUGCUGGCUCCUACUAAUGAACCAUGAUGUGAUAUUCAAUAAAUUAUUUAUCCUCUCAGUUUCCUCAUAUGUAAAUUACAGGAUUAGACUAAGUCAGUUUUUCCCGACUCUUUCGCUACCAAUUGCCUCAGGCUUGUAUAAUCCUCCUAUUCCAGUCCCAUGUUUCAGAAGCUUUUGUCUAUUUUAAAAACUCAUUGAUUAAAUAUUGAUUAAUGCAUUAUCCACAUUUUAAUACUGCAAAAGCCCAGUGGAGUUUCUGAAGUGGCCCUACUGAAUUGAAAUAAUUUCAAAUAACUAAAGGAACUCAAAACUUUCACAGGGGUGAAGUGGGAUUUCCAUUAGGUGCUUUGAAAUUUGAAAAUAAGUCAUCACCUUCCACUGCUAAAUAUAUAGAUUUUGGAGUCUGAGGCCCCCAGAUUAGAAGCUACUCCUUUCAAAGAUUCUCUGCAAUUAUGAAAUACUUUGAUGUCUACUUUUAAAAAGGGUUUGCCAGUAUAUGCCCAUGUGAUGAAUUUCUUUUAAUACUGGAUAAAAUUACCUGGUUCAAAAGUGAGCUUUGUUUGUUAAAUUUAGUAGCAAAUAUACAUAAUACACAGUUUCAGUAAUUCUUUUUUCUGACUGAGAAUAGCGUAAAUUAAAUACAAAGUCAGUUUUUAAAAUUCCAAGUUAGAUCAAGAGAAUUUUUCCGAGUUUUGGUUUAUACACCAAGAAACAGACACAUACACACCUAUGGAAGAUUUAUAUAGUAGAUAAUGAUCUUAAUAUAAAAGAUAUAUUUGAAACAUUAAUUUUAAUAUACUGAAUAUUAUUUCUGUUAUAGUUUUAUGUAUGGAAGUUUGUCAUGUGAGAUGAGCUACAAAUAAAUAAUACCUUCAGAAGAAA